UCGAUCGAUAAGGGUGAUUCAGAGAGUUUGCGUGUGGCAAUGAGUGUGGAUGUUCAGUAAAUAUAGUUUUUCAACACAGUGAGACUAUCAGCGAUGUAUCAACCACUGGAAAAAGAAAAUUUAUGCACCAAAUAUAUCCGAAUUGCUUCAGUUGUGACGGCUUAUUGGAUCAUCUCAAUCCUAACAGUAUUCGUGAACAAAGCACUAUUAAGUGGGCUCAAGCUUGAUGCACCGCUGUUUGUAACCUGGUUCCAGGUGCUCACAUCGUCAACGAUAUGUUUUACCAUGAGCAUGCUAAGCAAGCAAUAUCCUCGUCUGGUAUCUUUCCCCGAAGGAAACCCCUUCGAUCGGAACACCUUCCGCAAGGUGCUUCCACUUUCGAUACUGUUCACGAUGAUGAUAGCGACCAACAACAUUUGUCUCAAGCAUGUUGGAGUCGCAUUCUACUACGUUGGCCGCUCGCUGACGACCGUUUUCAACGUGAUACUUACGUUCGUUUUACUCGGUCAGAAAACGAGCUGCAAGGCGACCCUGUGCUGUGUGCUGAUCAUCGUCGGCUUCUGGCUCGGUGUGGAUCAGGAAAGUCUGACGGAAUCCUUCUCGCUGAUUGGAACGGUGUUCGGUGUGCUGGGCUCCUUGAGUUUAUCGCUUUACUCGAUCUACACCAAACGCACGCUGCAACAUGUAAAUCAGGAAGUUUGGCUGCUAAGUUACUACAACAACGUGUAUUCCGCGGCCCUGUUUGUCCCGCUGAUGAUUCUCAACGGGGAAGUGCAGGAAGUGCUCAACUUUGAACACCUCUUUGCACCCUGGUUCUGGGGUGUGAUGACCGUCGGUGGAGUGUGCGGAUUCGCCAUCGGGUUCGUAACUACGCUGCAGAUUAAAGUUACGUCCCCGUUGACACACAACAUAUCCGGAACGGCGAAAGCGUGCGCUCAGACGGUCAUUGCUACGACCUGGUACAAUGACACGAAGUCGUUCCUGUGGUGGACCUCGAACGCGGUGGUUCUGCUCGGUUCGGCGUUUUACACCCGCGUUAAGCAGCUGGAAAUGACCCAGACGCACCAGGAGCAAAUGAGCAGCCAGAAGGUAUGAAUAACAUUUCAUUGCGUGUAUUUUAUUGCUUACAUAAAAGUACGAGUUUUUCAAACAAAACAAGCUGGACUUAAAAAUAAAAACAUUAACAUUGUGUUCUUUUGUUU